AGGGUUAAUGUGAAAGUCGCUUCCUGGUUGGAGGCACAGGGCGUGUUACAGUCAAGAGGAAGCUGUCAAGCUUCAGUUUGAAAGCAGAAUCGGCUCUGUCACCUAUAACACCUCACUAGAGUGAAUGAGAAGCGGAUAAGGGACGAUAACGCCACUGCUCCGUUUCUGUCUUUAAUAUUGCGUAACGCGCGAUGCUGCUGAUAUAUGAGCAGCCAGCUGAUAUUUCACAGCUCACGGCAGCCUGAUGGAGGGGACGAUUGCGGAUCUGAAAACAUCUUAGCACCGCAGAUCAGACACGGAAGGGAUCGAAACUCUCCAGACAGUUUUCACCAGUGAUCUGCAGCUGGCCAUCGAAGAACGAGUUUUUUUGGCCUUUAAAAGAGUAAACCGAGAGGAUGGCAGGCCCGGAUUCAUCACAGCAGCAGGUUGAAGAGAAAGCCGAGCAGAUAGAUGACGCCGAGCUGGCGUUUCAGGGCAUCAAUAUGCUGCUCAACAAUGGCUUCAGAGAAAGCGACGAGCUCUUCCGGAGAUACCGGACCCACAGUCCGCUGAUGAGCUUCGGUGCCAGUUUCGUCAGCUUCUUGAACGCCAUGAUGACAUUCGAGGAGGAGAAGAUGCAGGUGGCCAGCGAUGAUCUGAAAACUACUGAAAAGCUUUGCGAGAGCGACAACGCCGGCGUCAUCGAGACCAUCCGCAACAAGAUCAAGAAGAGCAUGGACUCGCAGAGAGCAGGAGUGGAGAUUGUGGAUCGUCUUCAGAGACAGAUCAUCGUGGCUGACUGUCAGGUUUAUCUCGCCGUGCUGUCGUUCGUCAAACAGGAACUCUCAGCAUACAUCAAAGGAGGCUGGAUCCUCCGCAAGGCCUGGAAAAUGUACAACAAAUGCUACAGCGACAUCAGCCAGCUGCAGGAAGCCUGCCGCCGACGCUCCUCCGACCAGCAGGGGGCGCUGGCCUCCGAUCAGGCCAAUCACAACACCUCAGGCGAGAGCGGCGGCCGGGUAACAGAAGAGGUUCUGGACCGUCUGAAGGGUUCGGUCAGCUUCGGCUAUGGGCUCUUUCACUUGUGUAUUUCGAUGGUGCCUCCACACCUGCUCAAGAUCAUCAACCUGCUGGGCUUCCCUGGAGACCGUCAGCAAGGUCUCGACUCCUUAGCAUGUGCCAGCGAGAGCAAAGAUAUGAAGGCGCCACUCGCAACUUUGGCUCUUUUGUGGUAUCACACCGUGGUGCAGCCCUUCUUUGCUCUGGACGGCUCUGACUCGCAAGCCGGGCUCCUGGAAGCCAAAGCCAUUCUGCAGAAGAAGGCGAUUGUUUACCCAAACUCCUCUCUCUUCAUCUUCUUUAGGGGACGGGUGCAGAGAUUAGAGUGCCAAAUCAACAGUGCGCUGACGUCAUUUCAGGAUGCCCUGGAAUUUGCCUCAGACCAAAGAGAAAUCCAACACGUGUGCCUCUAUGAAAUCGGCUGGUGCAGCAUGAUCGAGAUGAACUUUGAAGACGCCUUCAGGUCGUUUGAGCGGCUGAAGAAUGAAUCCCGCUGGUCUCAGUGUUACUACGCUUACCUCACUGGAGUAUGUCAGGGGGCUUCUGGUGAUCUAGAGGGAGCCAAAGCUGUUUUCCAAGAUGUCCAGAGGCUUUUCAAACGCAAGAACAAUCAGAUCGAGCAGUUUGCACUGAAAAGAGCAGAGAUGCUGAGGAAAGUCUCCCUUACGCGAGAGCUGUGCAUUCUGGGUGUUGUGGAGGUGCUGUACUUAUGGAAAGCUCUUCUAAACUGCUCUUCCUCCAAACUCCAGCUUAUGAAUCAAGUGCUACAGGGGCUGGACGAGCAGUCAAGCCUGGGCCUAAAACACCUGCUGCUUGGGGCCAUUCAUAAAUGUCUUGGGAAUAUUAAAGACGCUGUUCAGUCGUUCCAGCUGGCGGUGCAGGAUGAAUACGGCCGUCAGACAAACAGCUAUGUGCAGCCCUAUUGCUGCUAUGAGAUGGGCUGUGUGUUACUGGCUAAACCAGAGACCCUGAGUAGAGGAAGAUCAUUGCUGCUUCAGGCCAAGGAGAACUACGCCGGGUACGACUUCGAGAACAGGCUGCACGUCCGCAUCCAUUCUGCCCUCGCCUCCAUAAAGGAAGUGGUCCCUCGCUGACCCGUCCGACCUCAGAAGAGCACCGUACUUUUGACCGCUCCUGUCCAGCACUUUUUGAAAUGAAAGCCAUUUGAAGUAAUCCAGCUCUUCUGGAGGGAGAAACUGAAAGUCAGCGGAUUUCAGGUGAUCGAGGACGAGUUGGCCGAUAUUUUUCAGCCUAGAAUUGAAAAGGUUCACUCUUCAUGUAGCUGUUGGUCCCAGUGAUGUAAUCUAAUUUUCACGUUCACAUUUACACCCACGUCAUAGUGCAGAUCCACAGAUUUUGUGUGUUCAGGAUUGAUCUGCAGAAGUGCAGGAAAACGUAACCCUCACAAACAAACACGAGAGUAGACCGACUGGUUAGAUCCUUUCCCAGAGCUUGUUAUAUCAUACAAAACACAUUAGCAUGGGAUAGAACUCUACAUUAGAUAACAUUAAUACCAAAAAAUGAAAAAUAUAUUGUGUAAACCUGUGUCAAAUCAAGUUUGUAUGCGUCUGGUGUAAUGGCGGACCGAUAUGAGACCGAUAUGGCCAUGCUAUGAUUUCACUUAAAUAAAUGUUUAACUACAUAAUUAGUCCAAUUUGCAUCAAAUCUGUGUUCAGUUAACGAUAUUGAAAUGUAUCCUUACUUAAUUAACUAUAGUAAUUAUUUUUAUGAUCCAGUAAAACUUAAUUUUAAAGUGUUCUUGUCCAUUUCUAUACUAAUUAGAGUAAAUUCAGAAAAUUCAGAAAAUUAUAAAUUAUGUACUUUUUUGGAGCAAGUUGUGUUAAUAUAUUUAAGAAAAUUACAUAUAAUAAUACUAAUGAAUUAACUAAUAGGAUUAUAACAUAAUUUAUGGAGCAAAGUUCUGUAAUUAUGUAUAAAAUUCAGAUUACCUGAAUGUGGAGCCAGUAGUAUUAGUAAUAUAUGUUUAAAUAAUAUAAAGAAAUGUUAAUAUUUCUAAAGAAAAUUAUUAUUUAUUAAUUUUAUAUUAUUAUGUAUACUAAUUAUUAUUAAUUAUACAUUUUUAUCAUUAUUAUUAUAUCAUUUUCAUAAAAUAUUACACUUUGUGUGUAUAUCGAUAGAUAGAAAAUCCCUUACAGGAUUACUGAACUUUGCUCCAUAAAUUAAAAAUAAAACAAUUCUAUAAAAUCUAAUAUUUGGAUGUCUUUCUUUCUAUUAAAAGUACCGCCUUUUCAUGUAGCUAAAAUGGUCAAAUAUUGGUUGUUGGAUCAGUCCGAUAUAUCGGUCUCUCAUUAUUCUACUUGAAGACGCUUUUGCAGGUUAAAACGCAUUCCAUUCAAGGUGGGCAGUUUUCAUUGUAUGUAUUGCAAGGUUUCAUUUUAACACUAAACCAUGUGUUCCCUUAGUAACCCUUACAAAUAAUUUUACGGAUAUAAAACAUAUUUCAUUAAAUCUGCUAUCUGUGUAUUAAGUUCGAGAACGGCAGCUUAGUUUUGCCGUAAGUUUCAUUCUCAUAUCCUCUGAUGGUCAGCAGAUUUUUUCUGAAGUGAAAACCAUGCACAACUACCUACUGGUCUUCCUCUGGGCCAGAGGAGGUAAUUUAAUUUCAGAACUAGUUUUUGAUGAGCCGUAAGUUGUAUUUGUUUUUUUGUGCCAGAUGUUCUGUAAUAUUUUUGGCCUAGGCUUAUUGUUUAUAGAUUUUAACACCACAUCAGUAUCUCUUUUUGAUGAUAUCUGAAUAACUUGUAUUGAUUUUAGUGGGUGUAUAUACUGUAAAAUUGUUGUGAAACUUUCACCACCUUAUUUUCUCGGCCUGUAGCUGUAACGUCUUUCCCACCGUUGAGCUUUAAUUCACUACUGUACGUGAUUUCCUCUGGUCUCUCUGUCAGUAACCCCAGAGGCUCAAAACAUGUCUUCACUGUGAAACGUGUCAAUAUUGGAUGUUCAGGGUAUUUAUACCUUGUGAGGACAAUAGAAUUAGGACAUUCCAAUAAUAAAAUAACGAAACUUGCCAUUAAACACUG